UCCUCUAUCAGGUGAAGCUGCUGGACAUUGGGAUGGCGGAUGAUCUGGAAAAAUUCAAAGUCAUCAGGAGGAUGCAGCUGCUCCAGCAGGCUGCAAAUGCAUAUGACCUGGAGCCCAACGAGCGAUUUGGGGCCUGGUUCCAGGCCAUGGAGCCCAUCAGUGUCCAUGAGAGCUACUGGGUCUCCUGCCGGCUGGAGCCCGCACACCAGAAGGCGAGCAAAAUGCGGCUCUUCAGGAGAAAGAGGAACCGGACAUCCUCCAGUUCAGGGCCGACCACCACGCCCUUGGCGAUGAGCCGUCACACUCUGGAGACCACAAGGGCAGCUCCUCCUGACCAGCAGAGACACUGACGCCCUCGG